AUGUUGCGUACUCUUCCUAAAGUUUGUCGUGUCACUCCUGUCAGGUUUGCACAAAGUGCUGCUAUUUCCAAGGCCUCUAUCAUGGACCUGCCUUCCAGAUGGGAGAGCAUGCCAUCCACCGAGCAACAGAACAUUGUGAGCAAGCUUGCUGAGCGUCAGAAGCUGCCAUGGAACCAGCUAACAGAGACCGAGAAGCAGGCUGCGUGGUAUAUCUCAUAUGGUGAGUGGGGUCCUAGACGACCUGUGCACGGUAAAGGUGAUGUUGCCUACAUCACAAAGGGUGUUAUCCUCGGUCUGGGUAUCUCCAUCGGCCUGUUUGCUUUCAUAAGGCAAUUUGCAGGCGACUAUCCAAAGUCCAUGAACAAGGAAUGGCAGUUGAAGUCCGACGAGUACUUGAAGUCCAAGAAUGCAAACCCAUGGGGUGGUUACUCUCAAGUGCAAUCCAAGUAA